CCUCGUCGAUUCGAUCCGACGCGGCGAUUGGCGGCGGCGCUGAGGCUGCCAGCUGAUCGCGGGACAUCAAGAUUUAGUCGCGACACCUUGGCGAGGCGUUCGAAGGGAACGAAGCGCGAGACAAAAGAAGUUCGCCACCGCAAAAAAAUAAACAUCGGGGUGGAACAAGAAAAGGACGAAUAAUGGCAUUGAACGCGCUGAGACAGCGGGUGACGGUAGGCAGUGUGCGCCGGCAGCAUCGUGACAUCCUAGCAUUUCUCCGACCGAGACUCGUCAUGUGCGAUCCCGGUUGCCGAGCAGCCAGCAAGGGGAAUGACAAAUUCAGGAUCGAAAAGGACACGUUUGGAGAGCUAAAAGUACCGGCUGAUAAGUAUUAUGGAGCCCAAACCAUGAGGUCCGUCAUCAACUUCCCAAUUGGUGAUAAGUCCGAGCGCAUGCCACAAGCCGUGAUCGUCGCGAUGGGAAUAUUAAAAAAGGCUGCCGCCGAAGUCAACAAGGAAUUCGGGCUCGAUCCCAAAGUUGCCGACGCUAUCAGUAAAGCCGCCGAUGACGUAAUCAGUGGCAAAUUAUACGAGGAUCAUUUCCCCCUCGUCAUAUGGCAAACUGGCUCUGGAACGCAAACCAACAUGAACACAAAUGAAGUUAUUUCGAACCGAGCGAUCGAGAUCUUGGGAGGUCAACUGGGAUCGAAGAAUCCAGUUCAUCCGAACGACCAUGUAAAUAAAUCACAGAGCUCCAAUGAUACUUUCCCGACAGCGAUGCAUAUCGCUGUUGCCUUAGAAAUUAAUAAGAUCCUGCUUCCCGGUCUACGAAGCUUAUAUUGCGAACUCAAGAAUAAAUCCAACGAAUGGAAAGACAUUAUUAAGAUUGGAAGAACGCAUACGCAAGAUGCCGUGCCACUUACUCUCGGUCAAGAAUUUUCAGCUUACGCGACGCAACUGGAAAACGGAAUCGCACGAGUGGAAGGCACACUGCCGAGACUCUAUCAGUUGGCACUUGGUGGUACAGCCGUAGGCACAGGGUUGAACACGAGAAAGGGCUUCGCUGAGAAGACGGCCGCGAAAAUCGCAUCCUUAACCUCUCUGCCCUUCGUCUCGGCCCCCAAUAAAUUUGAGGCACUUGCCGCACACGACGCCCUCGUCGAGGUUCACGGUGCCCUGAACACCAUCGCCGUUUCCCUUAUGAAAGUCGCCAACGACAUUAGAUUUUUGGGAAGCGGCCCACGAUGUGGACUCGGCGAGCUUUCUCUACCCGAAAACGAGCCCGGCAGCUCCAUCAUGCCCGGCAAGGUCAAUCCAACGCAGUGCGAAGCCCUGACAAUGGUCUGCGCCCAGGUGAUGGGUAACCACGUGGCUACGACGGUGGGCGGCAGCAACGGCCACUUCGAGCUCAACGUAUUCAAGCCCGUGAUCGUGGCGAACGUCUUGAGAUCCGCGAGGCUUCUGGGGGAUGCGUCGAGCGCGUUCACGAAGAACUGCGUGGUCGGCAUCGUGCCGAACAUCGACGCCAUCAACAAGAUCAUGAACGAGAGCUUGAUGCUGGUCACCGCUCUGAAUCCUCACAUUGGAUACGAUAAGGCUGCGGCUAUCGCCAAGCAGGCGCACAAAGAGAAGCUGACGUUGAAAGAGUCGGCUUUGAAAAACGGUCUGACCUCCGAGCAGUUUGAUGAAUGGGUCAAGCCAGAGGAAAUGCUCGGGCCCAAGUAACGAGAUGGACGAGAUGAAUGAAAAGUUGUUUCAAAUGUCAGUGGGACGGGG